AUGCUGCCACGCGUACUUGGGGCAGGCACAUUGGAGCUCUUGCGGCAGGAUGGCAGCAAUGUGACAGCUUCCAAGGCUCUCCAAGGGAAGAAAUAUCUGCUGGUUUACCUAUCCGCCAGUUGGUGUCCUCCGUGUCGAUUUUUCACCCCAAAGCUGGCGGCUUUUUAUGAGUCAUUUCAUAAUAGUCACAGCUUUGAGAUUGUCUUUGUUUCACAAGAUCGUGACGAGCGCUCCAUGCAGGCAUAUUUUCACAACCAAAAGUACAGCAGACUGGCAGUUCGUGGCGGAGAGGGUUCACACGGAGACUGGCUUGCGGUACCGUAUGAGCAGGCAAAGAGGCUUGGUGUGACACUGAUGCAGACUUAUGCAAUCCGGGGUAUUCCGAUGUUGCUCCUGUUUGACCUGGAAACCGGUGAGCUAGUAACACGGAACGCACGGGACUUAGUGGCGCGGAACUUGGAUACAGCUGAGGGAUUUCCAUGGGCUGGCAAUACAGACGGUGAAGGACUGAGGGGAUCCUACUGGAAUCAGUUGUUUCUGGUAUUCAUCAUCGCUUCGGUACUGUAUCAAUUCUGGCGGUGA